AAAGUAAAGGAGGUAAAUAUAUUCUAAAGUGUAAAAAGAAUCCUUCUGGAAUAAUUAUUCAAAAUCAUAACCAUAAAAUCAACAUUUUAUAAAGUUUUACUCCAUCGCGCUGAUCUUUGUUUACAUACUACUUCGACAAGAACUUAAACUGCUAGACCCCGCGAAAUUUUUGCCUAUUCGGCCCUAUCGGCAUUCCUGUGAUUAGAAGAGGGAAUCACAUAUUAUAGUCCUGAAUAAUACAGAGGCAGCCUUACAUAAUACUGAAGGAUGUGUGCGGAAACAACAUUGGAUUCAAUGUACCUGGAUAAUCUGGAUGAAUUCAUAAAUGACGAGGGAAAAGUCGUCACUUGCAAGACACUGUGCUUGACGUUAAAGGUUCAUGUGAAUGUUGCAAAGCAAAUGCUCUAUCACUAUGUGACAAAAAAGCGCAAUGAAGAUAAAGGUGAUGACCUCUGUGUUACUUAUGUGGUGUCAGGUGUUGUAGCUGGAAAGAAUGAACAACCAGACAUGCAGAAGGUUUUGCUAGUUCGAGAAGAAAACUUGAAUGCUGUUAAAAGUACCAUGAAGAAGGUCGUAUCUGUCCAUGUUUACAGUAUCUCCAAAUCAAAACUUAAGGAUUUAAGUGUUUUGUAUACAUCUAACAUUGAUGAAGUGAAGAGGAAUCUCAUGACAAUAAACAGUUAUAGUGGUAUUGAGUGUUCCAAUGCCAAAACACGAUCAUCCGCUGAUCUAGCCAAACUCCAGCAGCAGAAUGCAUAUCGUGAUCCCGAAGCACUACCUGCAUCAGAAAAAAAACCAAUUCCUGAAGAAAAAGUCCCUAAGGAAAAGAGCAAACCUGAGCCCAAAACAAACAAGCAGGCAAAAAAGCCUAACAAUCAGAUUGCCUCAAUGUUUGCCCGCCAGGUUGUUAAAUCAGAAAUGCAGAAGGAUGAAAAGAAAGAAGAAAAGACAACAGCAAGUAAGCAUCCUUCUGCUAGUUCUAAAAAGAGUGGGGGAAUAUCAGCUUUCUUCAACAAAGCACCUACUUCUAAACAGUCACAAACCCCUGAUUCUUCAAAAUCGUCACCUGUGAAGACAGAAUCACCUACCACAGAGUCACCAAGAAAACCUGAGAGUGAUGCUGCGUCAUCACCAGCGAUCACAGAAUCAAUAAAUUCUUCAGUUAAAACUGAAUCACAAGAUUCAGACAGUAAAGAUUUUCAUCUUGAUACAAAGGAAGCAAAGUCAUCAUCACCAAAGAAAGUAAAAGCUAAGACACAAUCAAAGCUUAAGCCCAAGAAAAAUUCCCAGAAGAGAGGGAAAACGAAACAUAGUGAUGAUGAAAGUCCAAUUCCAAAACGCAAGAGGAUCAUGCAACUUAGUGAUUCAGAUUCAAGUAGUGAGGAAGAAAACGAAGAGGAAGAAGAGUCUCCUGUACCUGAUCCAUCUCUUAUUGAAUCAGAUGAAGAAGUGAUUCCCUCACCUCCAAAACAAGAAGCCAAAGAACAGCAGUAUUCCCAAAAUGGAAAACCAAAGAAGAGAAAGCAAGUUUCAAAGACUUUCCGGGACGAAGAAGGAUACUUGGUUACAAAGAAGGAGUAUGUGUAUGUCACUGAUUCGGAAGAAGAAAUGGAAGUUGUGAAGUCUAAUCAAGAAAACAUUCCAGAGAGGAAGAAUGUUAAGUCACCUCAAAAAGUAGCAAGUACCAAAUCUCCCCAGAAGAAGGUUGUUAAAUCGCCUCCAAAGAAGCAUUCAAAGGAUUUGACAAAGACAAAACAGUCAAGUAUAAUGAGUUUCUUUAGUAAAAAAUGAGUUCCCUUGUUUUAAAUGUUAAGAUGAAUGUUUCUGCUGGCUAUAAUGUAACUGAAGUAUAAGGCACUGAACCUGCAUACUAAAUUUUACUGAAAUAACCUAAUAAUUUAGCAAACUUAGUACUUGUUCAACAUGGAUUAUUCAGUAAGGCCUAGUAAAUUUCAUGUACAUAAGAGCAGGUUGACAGUCGAGAGUAAAUAUCUUUCUCAGGGUUAAAUAUUAUGAGGAUUUUAUAUUACUUCUUGAGUAAAAGCAAUUGAAUUUCGAUGUUAGCCUUUCUGAACAGUAACACUUUCCAAUAUCACCAUAAAAUCACACUAAACAAUUAAACAAUAUGUUGGUGUUGAGACAUGUCAAUAUUAACAGUUAAGUCAACCAUUAGUUUUUGCAGUAUUUAUGAUGGCUGAAGUGCAAGUGUCAAAUCUAUAUUGUAUGUUAAAAGUUAUAAUGUGCUUAGUUGAAGUCUUAAUAUUUUAAAUUAGUUUGACUUUACUGCAAUGUUUUAUUAUACUUUAAUUGGGAAUGAGAAAGGAUGAUUGUUUGAAAAUGUCUUACUGGACAAAUAUAUUUGCAUUGUUGAUUAAUUUAUCUUUAAUGUAUACAGUUACUAAACAAUGCUUAUGGUGUGAAAAUAUUUAGCCAGUACAGAUAUCUGUUUUAGACCCACCAUUUGGGCUAACAUAACCAUUGUUAGUAUUAUCAAAAAGUAUCUUAUUAGGACCACCAGAAAAACAUUUUUAUACUCAGGGGAGUUGCUGUAGGAUUUGUUAUCAAAGGGGAGGUUCAAACUGAAACAGUUGAAGAAAUCAGAUGGCAGGGUUACUUGAGACCAAAGGGAACAAAGGUGACCGACCCUUAUAAAAGCCAUUGUUGCCGAGAGUAUAUGAUAGAGAUAUAAAGGCAAAGCUCUAGUUCCUUUUUUCUUAGGAAUAACAGACAUAACAUAGGUAUACUGUUUGGAAUGGGAGAUUAUCUUGAAAACAUUUGUAAGGUUUUAAAUGACCCUGAAGAUGUUAGUUUAGUUUGCUCUGAGCGUGCAAUUUCUGAAAAAAUGUACUGUGCUGAAAUUUGUAGUUUCUGAAUAACAUGCUUUAAUUUUUUAAUUUUCAUUUGCAAAAUACACCAUAACUUCAAGGGUCUCAAAGGAAACCUUAAUUGUUGAAUUUUGUUCAUGUUGAUUUAAAUUUUUAUUUUUAUCAAAGGCUUAUUAUGCUAGCACACUUUGGAGAAUUAACAUAAAUUCUUUUUUUACAACAUAAUGCUCCCAAUCUUUGAACGUUCUGAGCAAAAUUAAAUUUUUACUACAUGCCUAGUAUUUGACAGAAUAUACAGAAUAAUGUAGACCUGUAAUAGUGUAGCAUCACAAUUCACACAGUUCUAGUAGUGUAAAAGUGCAUUAGUUCAGAUAAAUGCUAUUAUGUGACCAGGGAAAUUGUGCAACUAAUGGGCAUAUAAUUUUGUCAUCAUUUAAAACGAGAUAGCAUGAUGUCAAGAACUACAGGUUAAAAUAGCAUUUUCAUAACAUAUUUUAAUAGAUCCUUAAUAUAUACUAUAGGAAAAAUG